AUGCCACGCAUCACAGGCCUUCGACGAUCGGACUGCUUGAGCGGCGGGUCGGAUUGCCACCUGGUGAGGGAUGUCAAGAUGGCAGUGGCUGGGGCGAUGGCCGGCGCUAUUGCGACAGCCGCCUUGUUCCCGAUCGACACGGCCAAGACGUUACGGCAGGCCAACCCUAAGGCGUUCAAGGGCACCCGCGAUGCGCUGGCGCACAUCUGUCGAACUCGAGGCCCGUGGGCCAUUUACACGGGCAUCCCGACCGCGGUAGUAGGAGCCAUGCCGUCUUCCGCCCUCUACUUCGGCACCUACGAAGCGGUCAAGACCCGCCUGAUGCGUGUGGCCGCCAACAACUUUCCCGCUGGUCCUGGGGGGCCACGCGAGGGGGAAGGCGGCGGGGGCGGGGGGGUUCACCCAGCGGCGCGGGCGGCGGCGCAUGCGGUGGCCGCGGCGUGCGGGAACGCUGCGAGCAGCCUGAUCUUCGUCCCCAAGGAGUACGUCAAGCAGACUCUGCAGGCUUCGGGGAUGGGGGCUGCGGGUGGUGCUCGAGAAACCGCCAAGGAGAUAGUCAGGCGAACCGUGAAGGAGAAAGGGGUUAAGGGGCUCUACCGCGGCUACUGGGCCACGCUCUCCAGGAACGUUCCCAGCGCCAUUAUCCGAUUCUCGCUGUAUGAAGAGAUCAAGCUUUUCAUUGGACCCGCGCGCCUAAUGUCCGCGCCUCCGGCGUACCUGUUGGCGGGAGCUCUGGCGGGCGCGUGUGCUAGUGGGAUGACGACGCCUUUCGACGUCCUCAAGACGAGGGUGGCCACCGGCUCCCUGGAAGGCGGGAGGGGUUUCGCGAAGAACAUGGCAACUAUCGUUGCGGACGACGGGUGGAAGGGCCUCUACGCGGGUUUCCAACCUCGAGUUGUUAUGUCGGGCCUGUUCACGGCCGUUGGCUUCGGGUCUUUCGAGGCCAUCAAGGUGGUACUGGGGGUGUCGCCUUUGCCGCCAGACGAGGCUACGGCCGAUUCAUCCUCUUCUUCUUCUGCUGCUGCUGCUGCUGCUGCUGCGACAACACGGCGACGUUGAGACAAUCGAUGGGAAGCCACGCGGAGGGAGGGGUGUUUUCCCGUCAAGGGCGUGUUUUUGCAUAGCCGUCGUCGAGAACAGCUGCUCUCCCUGAUGACAACCAGGAUAACCGUGGGUUGAGCAGAUCAUCGUGGUGGGGGUGC